AUGACUCUCGCUACAAUCGAACAACAGUACCGUACUAUACUGGGAAAUGCUGAAGAAAGGUUGAUGAUAAGGCAAUCUCAAUUUACAGAACGAUCAACAAAUAUCGAAUUCGGUCAUGUAAUUGAUUAUGCCGAUUACCGUCUUUAUAAAUUGAUACCCAAAGGUGGUUCCACUCGAGCUCAAACAUUUACAGUCAACAAAUGGCUUGAAGAGUACUUGCAAGAAUCAUUUGAAACACCUAAUCGAUCUUAUCCUAACGUUGUUCAAUUGUGUAGCACAACAAUGCUGGCUUUUUUCAUUCGAAAUACCACUAUUUCUGUGAAAAACAUCAAUGCUCUUCUUUUGGCUCGUCUAGAAGCAUAUGACAACUCAAAAUAUAUCUGUUAUAUCAGUGUUUUGAAAGAACAUCGCCAAAACGGUCUUGGCACAAAAUUAUUAAACGAACUUAUCAAAGACGCUAUUCGAGCAAAGAAUUCUCGAGUCUCAUUGCAUGUGAACACAGAGAACCAGAGUGCUAUGUCACUCUAUUUAAAAUGUGGUAUGCGAUGUAUUGACUACAUUCCUGGCUAUUAUUUUGGUGAUCAAACAUACGCAACUCAAAACGCUUUUACAAUGACUUUACAAAUAAAAAAUGUUAAAAAUACUACAGCAGUCUGUCAAUCUACAACUGCUGUUGAAAUCUCUUCACAAGAAGAAGCGUUUUACAAGCAAAAAUGUCCACGAGCAUAUAACGGAUGA